AUGUUCUACUACUACGGAGAUGGUUAUUACUAUCAUCAUUACGUUCCAUACGGUGGCGGAUUACUCUUCACACUAAUGAUUCUUCUUAUCUGUUGUUGCUGCAUGUUAAGCGCAACCGAAGUUCCUCCAUACGGUUAUUAUUAUGAUUGCAUGUGUUGUGGACCAUGUAUUCACUGUCGUCCUUUUCGGCAUCGUCAACAUCAUCUAGAUCCCGUUAUUAUCGUAUAA